GGCGAGCCCGGAGGCGCAGGACUCCGGCCGGCCCUGCCCUGCCCUGCCCGGCCCUGCCCUGCCCUGCCCGGCCCCAUCCCGUCCUGCUCGGCCCCCCGAGUGAGGCGGCACGAUGUGAGUCGCCGCGGGCCCGAGCGUCCGCCCCGCACGCCAGUUCCGAGAGCGCGGCGCCCCGCGCGCUGGGAACCUUGUGCCGGCCGAGGACAGGAGGGCACACAGCUCGUUUCCGUCUCCAGCGCCCAGCAUACAUCCCUCUUCAAGACAGGCUCCAGGACGACAUGGCGGCCAAGCAGCCCCCACCCCUCAUGAAGAAGCACAGCCAGACGGACCUCGUGAGCCGCCUGAAAACCCGGAAGAUCCUGGGCGUGGGCGGGGAGGAUGACGACGGAGAGGUGCAUCGCUCCAAGAUCAGCCAGGUCUUGGGUAAUGAGAUCAAGUUUGCCGUUCGGGAGCCUUUGGGGCUCAGGGUCUGGCAGUUCCUCUCCGCCGUGCUCUUCUCUGGCAUCGCCAUCAUGGCCCUGGCCUUCCCUGAUCAGCUCUACGACGCCAUCUUUGAUGGAGCUGAAAUCACCAGCAAGACCCCCAUCCGCCUCUACGGUGGCGCCAUCCUCAGCAUCUCCCUGAUCAUGUGGAACGCACUGUACACGGCUGAGAAAGUCAUCAUUCGGUGGACACUGCUUACGGAGGCUUGCUACUUUGGGGUGCAAUUCCUGGUGGUUACAGCCACGGUGGCCGAGACCGGCCUCCUGUCCUUGGGGACCCUGCUGCUCUUGGCCAGCCGCCUGGUUUUCGUUGCUGUCAGCAUUUACUACUAUUACCAAGUGGGCCGGAAACCCAAGAAAGUCUAGCAGGGUGGGGACCUGCCUGAGCCCAGCCUGCCGGGGUGGCCCUGGGACCUUCGGGCUCUUUUGGCUUCCUGAAAGGUCAGAGGCUCUGUCCCCCAGAAAGCCCCAGACAGGUGGGGCCCCCUUCUUCUGGCUUGGAGAGAGACAGGUAGCUGUACCCUGUUCUUUGCCCUGUGCAGGGUGCUCCCCCCCACCUUUGCUGGGCUCUCUGGGCCUCUAUACCCCCUGAAAGCUGUUGAAUGGAUGGCAGUGUUUUUGGGGUGGGCUGCACUGAGGCCUGAGCCUCCUCUGCCAGGAAGCCCACUGGGCAGAGAGGUCCCCAGCCCCCCCGCCCCCAGCCAGCCUGGAGCCUGAAUGGCUGAUCUUGGCUUCUUUCCAAGCCAGAAGUCUGAGAACUUGACCUUGUGCCCCAGCCACUCUGUCCGGGCCCUCCCCAUGGAGAGGUCCUCUGUACCCCACGGGGGAGGGCCCCUCUGUACCCCAUAUGUGUGCACUUGUGCGCAUACACACACACACACACACACACACACACACACACACACACACACACACACACACACACACACACACGCUCUGAGGGCUGUCAGGCACGGGAGCCUCCUUUGGCCUUCCUGUGAGGAUUACCACUGGUGGCCUCCUCCUCCUCCACCCCCAGCUUGCACGCCUCAGCCCCCCGCUGUGGGGCGCUCUAUUCCAGGGGCUGCUCCCCAGCCUGGCCUCCGGCACGUGGACAGCACAUGGAAGCCCCAGUGGGAAGCUAUGUGUGGGUGGUUGACUCAGGAGGGAGCAGGGGAGGGCAUUAGUGGCCACUCCUUGUCCCCCCACCCUCAGCAUGUCCUCCAGGGCCCUCGGCCCUCCCUCCUCAGCAGGGUGGGGGUUCUAGUCUCUGGACUCCCUAGGCUGCUCCACUGCCUCUUGGGUAGGCUUCAUGCAGGGGGAAAGUAAACAGAAGUGAUGGAGCCCAGUCCCUUCCUGUCACCCACUCCUCCUGUCCCCCAGGACCUGCAGAGGCUGGCAGCCAGCUUGGAGCUAAAGUUCCCAGGCUGACCUGCAGGCCACCCGGUGGGUGCGCAAGACUCACACCCAGCACCCGUCUCUCUUCCAGCACACAAGAGGAAUAGUGUGGGGCUGGGCAUGGUGAGGUGGCCCACAGGUGGAGCAAGCCACUCCAUGCCCAGCACAAGGGACCCGCACUGUGAAGGGGGACCUGCUCCAUGCUGCCCUCUGACUCUUGCCACCGAGCCCUGGGCAGGCUGAGCCCAUAUGUGAUGGCACUGGUGUGGGGGGGAUACCUGUACCCACACCCCAGCCAUGUCUAUCUGCCAGGUCUCGAAGCCCUGGCCGCUCCUACGUGGGGGUGGUGACUUCUCCCCUAGCGGGACAUGCAGUAGACCCCCUCACCCAGGGGUCAGGCGGGUCUUGGCGCCUGGCAGUGCAGCCGAAGUCACUCACCACACUCUCUGUGGCUGGGACAGAGCCUGGCUUUACACUGGGUGGUGGCCCGGUCACCUGGGGACAGGCUCAGAUGGGGCUUGGCAGACAUGUGUAGCUUGUUGGUGGGGGGGAGGUGUGGAGUGGAUAAGACGGAAGGAGCAGUGUGUGAUGGGGGCUGGAGGAGCUCCAGGUGCCUCUCCUAAAAGCCCCUCGUGCCCGCUUCUCCCUUGGCUCUGCCCCACCCACAAGGCAAGACCACCUUUGUUCACGGUCACUAUAUUUAUUCCUCGUUCCUUUUUCUUUUUGUAAGAAACAGUCAUAAAAACCAGUGCAAAACCAU